UAAACUCGAGUUUGUCAGUCGCUGAAUUGGUGAGUUACUCUGUAGGGAGCUGCCACUUGAGUCAACUGCACUUUGAGUAAUGGACAUUUCUGAUCAACACAUGACUGAGGUUGGCAUAAUCCGUCCUGAAGUGCACAUAGAGGUUCAUGUGAAAUCUGAGAGCACGGUGAAAAGAUCUGACGUACGGCCGCACGUGUUGGCACUGCUGGAUCGGCACAGUUCGAUUUUAGGGUGCUACAAGUGGACGGAGUUUGACGAUGAAUUUCUAACCAAAAAUGUGGAGUCAAUUACUGUAGCGGAUAUAACCGGUCAGAAACUUGUGGAUCUGAAGGCUCACAACCUCUGUAUCCAUAUUUUCUCUCUCAAUGAUGACAGUCCAAACACUCUCAACCUAGACGUGGAGGAGGAGCUAUCUGCUGCCAAUCAUUGGCUCCUCCCAGCAGCUGAGCUUCACGGCAUUUGGGAAAGCUUGGUUUAUGAGGAAGACAUCAAAGAACAACUCUUGGAUUAUGUUUCCACAACAAUCUUCUUCUCUGACAAAAACGUUGACAGCAAUUUAAUUGCCUGGAAUCGUGUCGUGUUACUUCAUGGGCCACCUGGCACAGGAAAGACGUCUUUGUGUAAAGGACUUGCCCAGAAACUCUCCAUCAGACUGUCUGGCAGAUACCCGUACAGCCAGUUUGUGGAAAUCAACAGUCACAGUCUCUUCUCGAAGUGGUUUUCAGAGAGUGGAAAACUCGUCACAAAGAUGUUUCAGAAGAUUCAAGAGCUUAUUGAUGAUAAAGACACCCUGGUGUUCGUCUUAAUAGAUGAGGUGGAGAGUCUCACAGCUGCACGAAAUGCUGCUCAGGCAGGAACCGAACCAUCUGAUGCUAUAAGAGUGGUCAAUUCUGUCCUGACUCAGCUCGACCAGAUCAAACGACACCCGAAUGUGGUCAUUCUCACGACAUCCAACGUCACAGAUAAGAUCGAUCUGGCCUUUGUGGACAGAGCUGAUAUAAAGCAGUACAUCGGCCCUCCAAGUGCCAACGCCAUAUUCGUCAUCUAUCUGUCAUGUCUGGAGGAACUCAUGAAGCGUCAGAUCAUCUACCCCAGACAGCAGCUGCUGAGUUUAGAAGAACUGGCCACCAUGAACUUCAUGGAGAGUGACGUGACUCAUCUGAGUUUGAUCCUGAGGAACAUCGCCCAGAAGAGUAAUGGACUCAGUGGAAGGACUUUGAGAAAAGUACCAUUUCUGGCUCACGCACUCUAUGGAAAGACCUCCACAAUGACAGUUGAGAGUUUUCUGAACGCUAUGGAUCGCGCUGUGGACAAACAAAGACAGGAACAGGCCAAUUUGGUCAACUGCGUUUGACAACAGAAAACAGCUGUUGUAUCUAAACGGUUCUCCUGAUGUUCCUUGUUUUUUCAUUCAUCGCCUGAAAACCGCACAGCCUCUAAACAUGGGUGCUUUUGUCACCUGUUGUUUAUAUUUCCCAUAACAAACCGAUGUUGACUUGUUUUAUUUCAAGUUUGUAAGUUUAGACAGCACUUUUGUACCUAUAGGAGAGCGUUAUAUUUUAGGUUCUGUUUUUCAAUUGCAUACUCAUAUGCUGAAGUCGUGGUAUUCUACAUGCAAUGCGGGCGAUCCGUACGCACAUCACGUAUAUGCACCGGAGCAGUUGUGCUUUGCAUAUGUAACCGCUUUGUCAUUUUCUUCAGCAUGUUGCCUUUUUAUAUACAAGUAUAUAUUUAAAACAUUUGAUUAAAAUGAGUAACAUUUCUCACCCUCUGGUUCUUGCAUUCUGAUUUACAUUUACAUUCAUGCAU